AUGUUUUCCAGAUCUGUUCUUAAAUCAGCCUCCAACACCUGGCGUUUCACUGUGAAGAGAUACUCCAGCUUGGCACCAAAGUCAUUGGCAUUGCUGUCAGAGCAUGUCAACCAGAUUGACCCUGAGAUGUCCAGCAUCCUGAAAAAGGAGCAGGACAGACAGAGAAAUUCCAUCACCUUGAUUCCAUCCGAGAACUUCACUUCCAAGGCUGUGAUGGAUCUUCUUGGCUCAGAGAUGCAGAACAAGUACUCUGAGGGUUACCCAGGUAACAGAUACUACGGUGGUAACGAGUUCAUCGACGAAGCUGAGCUUCUCUGCCAAAAGAGAGCUCUUGAAGUGUAUGGUUUAGAUCCAGCCAAGUGGGGAGUUAAUGUGCAGGCAAUGUCCGGUGCCCCAGCUAAUCUUUACACCUACUCUGCUCUCAUGAGGGUCGGUGAUAGACUUAUGGGUCUUGAUCUUCCUCACGGAGGACAUUUGUCUCACGGUUACCAGACAAACAGCAAAAAGAUUUCUUUCGUCUCCAAGUACUUCCAGACUAUGCCUUACAGAGUUGAUGAGAAGACUGGUUUGAUCGACUAUGACAUGCUUGAGAAGACUGCCACCCUGUUCAGACCUAAAAUCAUCGUUGCCGGUGCUUCUGCCUACCCAAGGAUGAUCGACUACAAGAGAAUGAAACAGAUUGCUGACAGUGUUGGUGCUUACCUUAUGUCUGAUAUGGCACAUAUCUCUGGUAUGGUUGCAGCCGGUGUCACUGACUCUCCAUUCCCAUACUCUGAUAUUGUCACAACCACCACCCACAAGUCUCUCAGAGGUCCAAGAGGUGCAAUGAUUUUCUUCAGAAAGGGUAUCAGAAAGGUCACCAAGAAGGGAAAGAAGAUUCCAUACGACCUUGAAGACAAAAUCAACUUCUCUGUGUUCCCAGCACACCAAGGUGGUCCACACAACAAUGUCAUUGCUGCAUUGGCCGUCGCUUUGAAGCAGGCAGAGACUCCUGAGUUCAAGGAAUACCAGAAGAACAUCGUUGAUAAUGCUGUUGCAUUCGCUGAGUCUCUCAAGAAGAGAGGAUUUGAGAUGGUUACCGGUGGUACCAACACGCAUUUGAUUCUUAUUGACUUGAGAAACAAGAACAUCGAUGGUGCUAGAGUUCAGGCUAUUUUGGAGAGAGUGAAUAUUGCUGCCAACAAGAACACCAUCCCAACCGAUAAGUCUGCCAUGUUCCCAGCCGGUCUCAGAGUUGGAACUCCUGCUAUGACCACAAGAGGAUUCAAUGCUCCAGAGUUCGACAAGGUUGCAGAGUUUAUCGAUAAGGCUGUUCAGAUUUCCGUUUCUUUAGAGGCAAAGGAGCAGGGAACAAAGAAGAUGGAGAAACUUGCCAGUUUUGAAAAGCUAGCUGACGCUGAUCCUAGAGUGAAGGCUCUUGACAAGGAGGUUGUCGAAUUUGUUUCCAAGUAUCCUGUUCCAGGCGAUAAGGCUUGA